UUAGGAAAGUGACCAUAAGCAAACAGUCUUGUCCAAAUAGAUACUUCUUUGGCUCUGCUUUUAGUAAACAGUCUUGGUCGCCCGGGCAAGGGAGGUAAUAUUGACCUCAAAACGCCCGGAUGUUAGCUUCUCUGGAAAAUCCGCCAUUUUGCGCAAUCAUAUUGGCUUUAUUUUUGUCAAUAAACAAGCCUACUGGGUUGAAUAAACGACAUAUUUAAAAUACAGAAGUGUACAAAUCAAGCUGUGAUGGACUAUGGAUGUGAGAUAGCUGUCAAUUAAAAUGUCCAUGAGAUUAUCUUGGGAUAAUCAGUGACAUAAACUCUGUAGGAUAAUUAUAGCCAGCAAGAUUCAUUUGACCAUCUCAGAGAAGGGUAAAGUUGAAGAAAAUGAGGAACUGUCACUCUUGUGCGAACUGUAAGAAAGAAAAUUGUGGCAAGUGUUCCAACUGCAAAGACAUGACAAUGUUUGGCGGCAUGGGUACCAGGAAAGCAAGAUGUCAGCAGCGUGUCUGUAUUAGAAAUUCGCCGAAAAAUUUACGGAAAGAUUCACUUACAUUACCAACAAAAUCAAAAUCUGAUUCAAAGGAGGUUGUGAAAGCUGGCCAGUCAACAAGUAAGCAGGUAAAAACUGAAAAAGUUGGUAAAACUGUGGAAUCAAAGUCAAAUGUCACAGAGGCUAAGAUAACUGUAUCGGGAACAAAAGGUCAGAAGAAAACUCUACCUUAUUUAAGCACCCCUCAGAGAAGUCCUAAAAUAAAAGCUGAGAGUAGUGUGAAAGCCCAGACUAGUCCUAUGGUACAAACAUCAACAAAAGUCAAGCCAGCUUUAGAUGUUGCCAAGACACUACAGGACACUGGUGAAAAAGGUUCUGAUAUUAAACCGACUAGAAACAGUCCUAGAUUGAAACCUGCCGUUCAGUCUGCCGUAGCGCCUGCGGCAACACCUGCACCAGAUGUCACAACUGAUAAACCGGAGACAGCAGCUCCAUAUAAAAGUUCCGAGGAUACGAGUAACAGUACACCGACAAAGGAGGUAAAUGCUGACUCUAUGCCUAGUGAAAUUUCUGUGUCUGAGAAUGCUGGAACUCUGUCAUCCAAGAGAGAAAUAGAUCUGCCAACUGUGAAGUUGGAUACCAUGUCAAAGGCAGAGCUAAAGGAGUUUAUACCAAAGUUACUGAAGUUGGUGACAGGUAAAGAGGAGGUGUUUUAUAGUCGCAGGUCUGCCAAGCCAGAAUGGUGGCCAGAUGAUGUAGUCUGGGCUGCAAGUCGAAAUGCCUGGUUUUCUGAGAAGUACUGGACUGAUAAUCUACGAUCUGUUGUUAAGAAUUGUUACAAGCAUGUUGGCAGGGAAGAUCUAUUACAAAGCCUCGUUGAUGAUUCCAACUUUGAGUCCAGAUAUUCUGAAUGUUUGAGCAAGGAUAUACAGAAUGAGGAUACAGUGAAGACAGGGUCAUACCCAUCAUCUCCUGUCAAAAUUAGAAUGUUUCCACAAGAUCUGUUCCUGCCAUUCUCAGCUGAAAUCUACAUAUGUUACUUCUGUGAAAAAGAGUUUUUGAGCAAAGAUAAGAUGCGAAGCCACCAUAAAGAGUGCACAGAGCGUCCUCUUGAUCUACAAAAUAUGUAUGCCAGUGUCCCUUCACGUGAUUCUGCCUCGUCUGUUCAGAUCCAAGCCAUGAGCCCAAAAACUGAUGUUGAUAGAAAUUGGCCUAAAUUGUCACUUGACAAGUUCUCUGCCUAUCUCAAUCUUGUUCCUAAACAUACUGCGGCUAAAUUGCGUGAACAAAGGCUUAGUAUUGAAGAAGUCAGUUGUGAAAUACUGGACGACAUCGAACCUGUUUCUCCCGUCACACCUAAAACUCCAAGAUCAUUAAUCUCACAGUUGAGCCGGGAUGAUACGAAUCAUGGUUCGAGAAAACGCCUCUCUUAUUCCUUCUCUAUGGACAGUCAUAAAGACGCAGUUGUGGAAGAAGCCGAGCCCGAUUCUGACGGUGCUGAGACUGAACCGAACACGAAAACAGUUCAUGAAAAUAAUUUUCUGGAUAUACCUAUUAGCUCAUUGUUAGGACAGAGAAUUAAGAAUUACGUACAUGUUGACACUCCAAUGAGUGUUGUUGAAGACACGGGCACCUUUUGUAGGACCCCCGUGAAAAACACAUUUCUUGAGAAAUUGAGAAAAAAGCCAUUGGCCUAUCCAAUUUUGUAUCGUCCUCGACGUAUUGCUAAUAUGCAUAAACAGAACCAUAUAUACAAAUUCAAGAAAUCUGAAGUGAAAGAAUUCAUGAAUAAGAUUAAUACUGGGCUGAGUAUGUCUAGUAUAGAAAAGUGGAAAAGUAUGAAAAAGUUCACUAUACGAGUACCGAGACUUUCAAGGAAAAAGUUACUGAUGUGGAUUCCAAGACGAAAGCUGGAUAAACAGCUAAGAGGUGCCUUCAAAGGGUUGAAGUAUAAUCCCUAUAGUGAUUUAGAGGAUAUUGAGUGUGAAUUACCUGCAGGGCCGACUUUGUUGGCUAAGAAUAUUGAUAAGUUGCUUGGACUAAAGAAGAGGUCAAGUCUAGAGAACUCGAAGAUGUCGAUGAAGAAUUCCUUGUCGCUUAGCAACUUUAUAUCGGAGGAGAUGGAAGCUGAGGUUUCGAAACAGAAACUAACUUUGUACAGGAGUUUAUUGUAUGAAAUGUCUGUCCUUAAACCAGCAGUUGUGAUGGAGGAUAUAGGAGGUCAGGUUAGAGGGGAAUAUCACAGUAAAAAACAAAGUGGAUACAAAGUUAAUGUAAAAGUUGAUAAUGCUGAGGAGAAAAAAAUGAAAACACCAAGUGUGUUCAGGGAUAUGAUCCGCAAGAGUAAAGAAGAAAGGAUAAUGGCGGAAGUUGAAGAACGGGAAAGGAAAGAGGACUAUCAGACUCUGAAAUCAUUACUGAUGGCUCCGAAAACCCCAGAAAGGCUUAUUUCAAAAAAUAGUAUGGGAAAAACAAAGCCUUUGUCUGUGGAUGCUUAUGGUGUUAAAAAUGACGCUAGAUCACCAAAUGAUGAUAGCGUGUCAAUUAUGUCGGCUUCUUCUGAAGGAGAAUCUCUACAUUCAAACUGUUGUCAAGGGUGCUGUGACAGAAAACACCAUCAGUCUAAACACAGCUGUAACCGAACAAGUCCUUGUCACACUACACCACCACCAUUAAUUCAGCCGUUGCAUGUGGACGUUGAUCUCAAUACUAUGAAAAUUGACGAGUACGGUAUUCCCUCGCCAAUGUCUAUCUCAAGUGAGUCACCUUUUCCACCAACACCCAGUAAAUCUAGCUCAUCUAUACUGGAUAAUUCAAGUCAACUGAGCGUUAAAAGUAUGGACUCGGUAGAAAGUUCCCCAGUUGGUAAAAGGGAGACACGUUCAACUCGUUCAUUCGGAAUUUCGUCUCCAUUUAAUGAAGACGGUUCAGUAUUUGCUGUAAGUUCCAAAUCACAGGACAAAAUAAAUCUUUCUAGUGUCUCUGAUUCAUUGAUUAAAAACUCGUUACGAAGGGUUCAGUCUGAAGGAAUGCAUACACGUUCAUGUUCAAACACCCCAAAGGACAGUCCAGUAAAACGUCCGAUUCGAUCUGGGAGCUCCGCCCCAGUGUCACCAUCCAAAGUAACGAAACAGAUAAAAUUACCAUUUGACGUUAAACAGGUGUCAAGAAAACUAGAAAGCCCAGCUUUCUUGCAGAGCUCGAACGUUGAUUUAAAAUUCAAACUUCGGUCCGGAAUGUCAGUGAGUGAUAUAGGUAAAUGUGAUUCCCCUGAAUGUUCAAAUUUGUCUCCACAAUCAAUUGCUGCAGCUUUAUGCAGCAACCAAAGCUCAGGAAAUGGUUCAGUAGUGAAGGAUACUUCAGGUAAAAACAAUACUGGCGUAUCUUCAGAGGCCAACAAUCCUUUAAGAAGGUCCAAACGAAGAUCUUCGUUUCUUAGUGAAGGUGUUCAACCUACAAAACUACGAAAGGUCUAUUCAGAUAUGGCAGUUAAUACCCGAUGAUGGUUUCAACUUUAAUCUAGCAUAAUAGAUGAUUUGUAUACAUAUGUACAGCUUGUAUUAUUAUGUUAUAUAUGAAGUCUGGGGUUGUAUAUUAUAGCUCAUCAGAUCAUUUCAUUGACAGUUAUUGUGUAAUAUAUCUUUAGUAACAUCACCCGAUCAUUUAAAAUUUAGAAACACAGAUUCAGGAAAAACAUUUACAUUGUAUUAAUGGCAGCAAUGAUUCUAAUUCUGGUAUAAUCAUAGUAAUCUUCAGUUUUCAUUAAUGAAAAUAAAGUUAAUACAGUUGAGUAAUCCAUGGUUUUGAAUUGCACAGAACUGUGUGAAUGAUCAUAAACAUAAAGUUCUUUAAUAAGGUAAAAAUUAUUAUAUUACAACCCAUGUCAUCAUUAAAAGUAGUGGUUGAGUAGUUCACACAGUAAACUUUGUAUCGGGCAAUGUAUAUUGUAUCUUUUAUCAAUUUAGAAAGAAUCCUUAAUAUUAGUUGUAAAUAGAAAACACAAGAAAACUGGCUACAUCAUGUACAGCAACAACACAAGUCAGUUUAAGAACAAACACAAAAAAAACUAAAAAGAUAUUUAAAAAAUAAUCGUGUAAGCACAUUUUCAACAUCUUUGA